CAAAUGCUGGGGGUCAUCCACAACUGGGCAAAGUUUUUCCACAACUCUAGUAAAGUUCUUCCAGAAGCGGCUGCUUAUUAGCAACAAGGUGGAAGGCAGAAAGCAGGACAGCUGUACACAUUUUCUACUAUUUACGUCUGUAGAUGGUGUGUUUCUUUGGCCUUGUGUAUGAGGAUAAUCGGAGUCUUCUGAGAAAACACUGCGCUCGGACUAAAAUAUUGAAGACUGAAUUUCUGGUAUCCCCCAACACAUCCCGCGAGUAUGGAAAGCCUUCUCUGAGAAAUGGUUACUUCGCAGAUUUAGGAUAAUGGUUUCGUUGCACCUCAGUUUCUGGUGAAUACUGCAAAGAAAUCUGCUGGCUUCUGCACAGUCUCAGUGAAGAACAAACCGAGAAUGGGUCCCCUCACAACGCCUAAAAAGGGAAGAGAAGUAGGUUCUGUUGAUCCAUGGACACCCACUUCCAACCUUAAAAUGCUCAUCAGUGCUGCUAGUCCUGAGAUCAGGAACAGAGAGAAGGAGCUUUGCAUAGACAAUGAUGAAAGUGAUGGUCUCAAUCCUACACAGGAUUCUGAAAAUGGAGAAGAAUCAGAAAAGAUGAUCAGCAGAAAAGAUAAGAGUCUGGGGUUGCUCUGUCAUAAAUUCCUUGCCCGGUACCCAGAUUACCCAAACUCAGCUCUCAAGGACAUCUGCCUGGAUGAUGUGGCCACCGAGCUCAAUGUAGAGCGCCGGCGCAUCUACGACAUCAUGAAUGUGCUGGAGAGCCUUCACAUGGUGAGCCGCUCUGCUAAAAACCGGUACUCUUGGCACGGACGAACCAAUCUUGCAGAGACACUGGCCAUUCUGAAGCAAGUGGGUGAGAAGCACAGGUAUGGCCAGCAGAUGCAGCAGAUCCGGCAGCGUUUCCUGGACAAGGAGUUUGACUUUGACGGGGAGGAAAAGGAGAACCAAGGGGGGGUUGAUAUGGAGAACGGGGAGCAGGGACAGAAAGAGCUUUUCUUUGUGGAGCUUCCAGGAGUCGAGUUCAAAGCAGCAUCUGUUAACAGUAGGAAAGACAAAUCUCUGAGAGUGAUGAGCCAGAAGUUUGUCAUGCUUUUUCUGGUGUCCAAUCCAAGUGUGGUCAGUCUGGAUAUAGCUGCCAAGAUCCUGAUAGGAGAGGACCAUGUUGCAGAUCAGGACAAGAACAAAUUCAAGACCAAAGUGCGACGAUUGUACGACAUCGCUAAUGUGCUGCGGAGCUUGAAGCUCAUUGAAAAAGUUCACGUGACAGAAGAGAGAGGAAGGAAACCGGCCUUCGAGUGGGUCGGUCCUCAAGAAUUUCCACAAGUUAAAGACUUGAUGAACAAAACAUCAGAAUGCCCGCCCAAGAAGAAAGGUGUGCUUGAGUCUCGUGCUUCUGUGGAAAACUGUGCCAAAAAUCUCUUUUCAUCUCCUGGAGUCAAACGGGGCUUCACCCGGCACCCUUCCCUCAUAAAGCUCGCCAAGAGCAUUCAGGAGGACCGGCGCAAGAUCAACUCCGCCCCUAGCAGUCCUGUCAAGUGUUCCCUCAGUGAUUCAUCUAACGUCAGCAUUCCGAACAAAAUGGCCCAACUUGCUGCUAUUUGUAAGAUUGAACUUGACCAGGAGUCCACGCCCACAGAAAAUGUGAAGGCUGCUGCUGCGGGAUACACUGCUGCUGAAAGGUUGGAGCCAGCCACUUGUUGUUCAAUAGAAACAACAAAGGCGCCACUUUUAACGCCAACUCAAGAGCCAGGAGUCGACACUACUGUCCACACAACCCCCUCCACACUGCUAACAGGACAGUCUGCGGGCUCUGUCACGUACAUCCCUGCACAGUGUUCACCCAUCAUCCCUGUCUUGCUACCCCAGCAGAGAGGGAAUGGGUCCUACGCCAUAUAUUUGCACCCUUCCUCCCUCAGGCCAAACCCUCUGGCGAGACCACAGCCGACCAGCCUCGCCGUGCGCUCCAUGACCUUUGAGGAUAAGACCGGGCAGAGCCCGACGGGCCAGUGUGCAGCCAAGAGCCGGUCGGUCUCCAAGGAGUCUGAUGUCAGUUCUUUGGUGCUGAAACGGUUGCGUUCGGACUCAGCUUCAGAAAGCAGUCCCCCCAAAGUCAAGAGGUCGGACCCCAGUUCAAAGGACGAUUCUCCGAAGCUGUGUGAAAUCCUGAAGGCCCGCCGUAACAAUCUCCUCACCACCCGACCCUCAUCUCGGGCCCUCCAUCUGGACCCAGAGUUUGUUAACACCCCUGGAUGCACUGUAGCCAGUCAGACACUAGAGCAGAGCUUGGAGAACCUCCUGGAGAGGGAGGACAUGGCGGUAAACUCUGAUAGUGAAGCGAGAUUAACACCAGUCAGAGUGGUUCCUCUCACACCAGGACAAAUCCAAACUGAGACUUUAGUACCAGCUGGAUACUUGAUCCCAAUCUCCCAUCAGUCCCUCAUCGGCUACAAGGAAGUUCAGGGGUCAGGGUGUGAAAGCAAGUCAUCAACACCCACUUACAACAUCUACCAAACACCCACUGCAGGGUCCAGACCUGCUCCAGCCCAAGAGGUGACGCCCACCAACGUCCGUCUCAGCAGGUCAGCUCCUGCUGCCGCCGCCUCCCCGCUCACCACCCAGCAGUCCCACCGCCUCCACAGCCCCAGUCCUGCCAUCCUGAACUUCACCCUACAGAAUCUGGGUCUGAUCUCCAGCUCCAGCCCCGGAAAUGCCUUUGCUACCCCGCAGACCCCAGAACGUGCCAACACCCUGCCAAGCCCUCUGAUGCUGCCGCAGAGAGGGAUGGUUUUCAUCAAGCCCAUGUCUCCGGUCGCCAUUCAGCAGACGGUAUCUGGGCAGCCGAUGACCCUGAUCAGCGUACAACAGCCUUUGAUGAACACCCCAAAAGGAACCAGACUCCCACAGCAAAGCUUCUUUCACACACCAGUUCCACUGUCACCUCUGGCUGCCGUGGUAACCACCGGUGAACACCAGGCUGCCAAAACUGUUUACAUCCCUCAGAGAAAGUUGGACGUCACCACUGAGGACUCCUGAUGGAGACCCUCGGAUGUCUGAAUGUGUUCUGUGUAUGGUUGUGGUUGAUGUCUCUUUUGUUUUUGUUUAGUAUUUUACAGUAUUUGUUACCUCGGAGCAUUUCACAGCAUCCUCACUGCUUUCAUUCUUAUCAGAGCCAGGUCUACAAAUAGCUGCCAUACAGAAAUUGGCUGUGGCCCAGUGGAAAGAUGGAAAAGUAGAUUUAAUGAUAAGUUUAGAUCCCCCUGAACACUAUUAUCUCUAUGAGUUGCUGGUAGAAUCUUUCCUGUUGGAUGAUAGUUGAUUUUUUUAAAAAAAAUUUCUUUGUUUUCUGAAAAUUUAGGUGAUAAAAAUCAAUUUUCUUAAAAUUUAAAAGAUCAUUAAAAAAUUGCAUCAUUGCUAAAGUAAAACUAAUAAGAUCCCUUUGCACAUAUGUACAUGUUAGCUGUUACCCAUAAACUGUUUAAAAAAACAAGUGUAUAUUUGUGAUGCAUCCUGAAAACAAAUUAGAAAUUUUCAUGGGUUUAAUUUAUAAGAAAAUGUACUUUUUUUUCCUUGUUUGUAAUGUUCUACUUAAUGUAAAACGCAAAAUAAAUUUUAAUAUGAUUUUGUAC